CUGGUGGUUGGGAGGUUUAAGUUCGCGCAUGCGUGGCGUGCGGGGGUCGGGGAGGCUGUGCGGGGCGCAGCCUCCGGGCUCGGAGCUGCACUCCCGUGCCGCGAGCCGCCCGAAUCGAUCUCGGGCAUCGCGCCCUGGCGAACUCGCGCCGCCGUCGCAGCCCGGCAGGCCUCGUGCUUACAUAACGUGUGUUACUGUUUUCGCGGGCCUUCGGUUCGGUCGCGUUGUCGGGCAGUGAUGGCCGAGCGCGCGUAGUUCGGGAGGCUUCGGGCACCUUCGGGCGAGUUCGGUUCGUGCCGCAAAAUGGCGUCGGAGAAGGAGAAGAUGGCGGCCGCGGAGGCCAAGUCGCCGUCCAACAGGAGCAACUGUUCGCCGGGAAAGAAAGGCGACACCGACGAGCAUGGCCUGCCAAAAGAUAAGGACAAGGGAUGCGACACCAACCUUUACCUCUACCAUGAGGAGAUCGAGGACCGUCCUCGGGCGGCGACGUUCCUCAGCUCGCUCGCGGACUACUCCAACACCAUCCCGACGGCGUCGGCGGCCGACCCUGACGCCGCCAAGCCCGCGCCGCCGGCGCGCAUGGGCACGCUCAUCGGCGUGUUCCUGCCCUGCAUCCAGAAUAUCUUCGGCGUGAUUCUGUUCAUCCGUCUGACGUGGGUCGUGGGUACUGCAGGCGCUAUACAGGGCUUCCUGAUUGUGCUUGUAUGCUGUUGUACGACUAUGCUAACGGCGAUAUCGAUGUCGGCGAUCGCGACGAACGGCGUGGUGCCGGCGGGCGGGUCGUACUUCAUGAUCGGCCGGUCGCUCGGCCCCGAGUGCGGCGGCGCCGUCGGCAUGCUGUUCUACACGGGAACCACGCUUGCCGCCGCCAUGUACAUCGUAGGCGCCGUGGAGAUCGUGCUCACAUACAUGGCCCCGUCGAUGUCGAUCUUCGGCGACUUCACGAAGGACCCGGACGCGAUGUUUAACAACUUCCGCGUGUACGGCACGGGGCUGCUUCUCGUCAUGGGGCUGGUGGUGUUCCUGGGAGUCAAGUUCGUCAACAAGUUCGCGACGGUGGCACUGGCCUGUGUCAUCCUGUCUAUUACCGCCGUGUAUGCUGGCAUCUUCGUUAACUGGAACGGGAAUGAUAGCCUCCAAAUGUGCGUUCUCGGCAAACGGCUGCUGAAAGACAUCCACAUCAGCAACUGCACGAAGACGGUGGGCGGCGAGCUGGAGAAAAUGUUUUGCGCCAACCGAACCUGCGACGAGUAUUACAAGACUCAUGACGUGCAAAUCGUCAAGGGUAUCAAAGGCCUAGCGAGCGGUGUGUUCUUUGACAACCUCCAAGACUCGUUCCUGUCGCUGGGCCAGUACAUCGCGUACGGCAAGGAGCCCGAGGACAUCGAACAGAUGGACCGGCCCACCUACAACCAGGUCUACGCGGACAUCACCACCACCUUCACUAUACUCAUCGGCAUAUUCUUUCCGUCUGUGACUGGUAUCAUGGCGGGAUCAAACCGCUCCGGAGACCUGGCUGACGCCCAAAAAAGUAUCCCCAUUGGUACCAUCUGCGCCAUCUUGACCACCUCCACCGUAUACCUCUCCUGCGUGCUACUGUUUGCCGGCACCGUCGACAAUCUGCUGUUACGUGAUAAGUUCGGUCAAUCCAUCGGCGGUAAACUAGUAGUCGCUAACAUGGCGUGGCCUAACCAGUGGGUGAUCCUGGUGGGUUCGUUCCUGUCCACCCUGGGUGCAGGGCUUCAGUCGCUGACCGGUGCCCCGCGGCUGCUUCAGGCUAUAGCAAAGGACGAAAUUAUUCCGUUCUUGGCGCCGUUUGCCGUGUCAUCUAGUCGUGGCGAACCUACAAGGGCCCUGCUGCUAACGAUGGCGAUCUGCCAGUGCGGCAUCCUGCUCGGCAACGUGGACAUCCUGGCGCCGCUGCUGUCCAUGUUCUUCCUCAUGUGCUACGGAUUCGUCAACCUGGCAUGCGCACUGCAGACGCUGCUCAAGACGCCGAACUGGCGGCCGAGGUUCAAAUACUAUCACUGGUCGCUCUCACUGGCUGGUCUGACGCUCUGCAUCUCGAUCAUGUUCAUGACGUCGUGGAUCUUCGCGCUCAUCGCCAUGGGCAUGGCUGGCCUCAUCUACAAGUACAUCGAGUAUCGAGGAGCGGAGAAAGAGUGGGGGGACGGUCUCCGUGGUCUCGCUCUCUCCGCCGCUCGCUACUCGCUGAUGCGGCUGGAGGAAGGGCCGCCUCACACGAAGAACUGGCGGCCGCAGGUGCUGGUGCUGGCCAAGCUCAACGACGAUCUCUCGCUCAAGUACCGCAAAAUGCUGUCCUUCGCCAGUCAGCUUAAAGCCGGCAAGGGAUUGACAGUAUGCGUGUCGGUCCUGGGCGGCGACUUCACGCGGCGCGCGGGCGAGUCCACCACGGCCCGGCAGAACCUGCGCCAGUGCAUGCUGGAGGAGAAGGUCAAGGGCUUCGCCGAUACGCUGGUUAGCCACAACAUCGCCGAAGGCCUGAGCCAUGUCGUCCAAACCAUCGGCCUCGGCGGCUUAAAGCCCAACACGGUGAUCGUGGGCUGGCCGUACGGCUGGCGUCAGUCGGAGGACGAGCGGACAUGGCACGUGUUCCUACACACCGUGCGCGCUGUAGCUGCGGCACGCAUGGCCAUGCUCGUGCCCAAGGGGAUCAACUUCUUCCCGGACUCCACCGAGAAGGUGGCGGGCAACAUCGACAUCUGGUGGAUCGUGCACGACGGCGGCAUGCUGAUGCUGUUGCCAUUCUUGCUGAAGCAACACCGCACCUGGAAGAACUGCAAGAUGCGCAUCUUCACCGUUGCGCAGAUGGAGGACAAUUCCAUCCAGAUGAAGAAGGACCUCAAGAUGUUCCUGUACCAGCUGCGCUUGGAGGCUGAAGUCGAAGUCGUUGAGAUGACGGACAGCGAUAUAUCUGCCUACACAUACGAACGCACACUGAUGAUGGAGCAGCGCAACCAAAUGCUGCGCGAACUCCGACUCAACAAGAAAGAGACCCUCGGAAUGAUGCAAAAUUUGGUGGACUAUAGUGAGCAAAACGCUGAGGAGAAGUUGCCACUGGUACAAGCAAUAGUGGACCACCACCACGCGGACGUGAAGUCUGCCAGCAAGGUGCGCUUCGCGGACGCGGCGCCCGCGGUGCCCGCCGCCCCCGGCGCCCCAGCCGCCCCCACCGCCCCCGCCGCCCCCGCCGCGCCCGAGCCCGCCGACGAUGCGCCCAGCCCGCCGCUCGACGAGACGGAGAAGGACGACAAGGACGACUUUCGCAGUAGUUUGUUGCACAUAAUCGAUUCAAUGUGGGACUCGCCCGACGAACGCUCGCAGAGUGAGGAGGCGCCACCGCCCGCUGCCAACCCCAACGGAGACGCCAUCAAGCCCAAGCCCAUGCCAAAUAUUACGCCGGACGAGGGCACGGUCCGGCGGAUGCACACAGCCGUCAAGCUCAAUGAAGUCAUCGUGUCGCGGUCGCACGACUCGCAACUCGUCAUCCUCAACCUGCCCGGCCCGCCGCGCGACACCAAGCUGGAGCGAGAGUCUAACUACAUGGAGUUCCUGGAGGUGCUGACGGAGGGGCUGGAGCGCGUGCUGAUGGUGCGCGGCGGCGGCCGCGAGGUCAUCACCAUCUACUCGUGAAGUGUCAACACCAUAACUUUACCGCCGGCUCUCGGACUAUUAGCGCAAGGCGUUCACGCCCUAAUGAAAGUCUUUGUGAUUCUAUCGUAACUGUUAGUGUUAUUUCAAGUUUCGUAAGGUUACAAUCGCAUAACUGACUGCUAAAGACUGCCGCUCGGCGUCGAGUCGUUGCGAUUGCGUUCAUUUGUACAUUGUAUGUAUUUUCUUACGAUGAUUGACGUUAUUCGUUUGACUUGUACAUGUUAGGUUAGUUGAGGUUAUGUUGAGUUUGCUUAGGGUGAUUUGGAGUUUAUUCACUGUUGUAUAGAGUGUGAGUGGAGUGUGAGUGUAACGAGAAGCCUUACUAUCGGUCACGGAGUGCUUUGAUUAGUUCUAAGUUGGUUACGUUGUAGACGCGGUAGGUAGGCCCGAGGGCGUUACUUUCUGUACGUAUUAGUUGUUGCCGUAGGACUAACUUCAACUUUCUAUUACGAACGGUUGUUUUCUAUUUUUUUAAUGAAUUGUUUUUCUAUCAAAGUUGUAUAACAUAGAUAGUUUAUAGACGUAUACAUUUAUUAAAGAAUAAACUAUGAAUAUUUUUAUCUAUUUAAAAACGUAUUUUGUAAAUAAUAAUUCUGUUCUAAGGUUUUAUAUCUGCUCAACUUAAAACUUACAGUGGGACUGAAGCGUGAAAGCGACGUACCUAAUAAAUUCGUAUUUCGCAAUUUCCGAUCGAGUAGGAUUUAAAGUAUAAAGCUAUCUAGUCACUUUUGACAUUAGUUACCUGAGACGAACGUCAACACACACACCAAUUCAAUUGCCUCUAUUCAUAUACACUGUUUGUUACCGAGUUGCGCUGAAGGGAAGGCCCGCGGCCGCCGCGCGACGGGCCGGCGGGCGAGGGGGGCGGCGCGCGGGGCGUCCCGCGCGUGAGGCGUGAAGCGCACCGGGCCGCCCGCGCCACAAUUAACCUUAGUGUCUAAACUUUGGAAACUUGUUACGCACAUUCGCGUAGGUAGAUGAUUUCUUACUGUGAUCGUUUGUAUGACGUUUUUGUCAUCUGAGCUUAUAAUUAUAAUUUUCAUUUGUCAUCGUUCGCCUUAGGCGAUCGAUCGGAAUUAAGGACGCGGAGCGAACCGAGCCGCUAGCGUCGAGUGAUUUGUCAAUUUUGAUUUCCGUAACACCACACGAUAUUCGUAAUUGGUAAUGACGAAGUUAGGUGACUGCCAAAUAGGACUCGGGUGUCUCUUAAUAAAAUAUCUUAGUCCCUAAGUGAUUAGGUACGUAUUCACUACCAAGAAUCUAAUGUGUCAUGGUUCAAAAAUUUCAUAGGAUUAUAUCCCAAAAGCGUGUAAUAGUUUUAAGAGAAAUGUAUUACAUUAUAUCACUUCUAUCGAUAAUAGGUAGAGGACUAGACGAAAUCUUAGCAGAUCUUCUUAAGAAUUGGAAACUUUGCUAAUAAAAAAUACUGCCAAAAGCGAAGCAGCCACAGGUAUAAACCGUCUGUUUUAGAAAAAGCAAUAACUUCAUGGUCUAAAAUGCAUCUAAAAUGCUAAAUAAGUGACGCGAAGAUGCAGAUUUGAGUGGGCUGUGCCCCUAGAUCGGGUAAAAAUUAUUUUAUUUGCUAAAUACCAAAAAUAUUAGAGUCGAACUCAAAGUUAGGGAUAGAUACGCACGUAAAUGCAGCCAGACCUACUUAGGAAGUAGCGACGCGAACCGACGAGUCGAAGUGUACUGUAAAAGCGGUUUACGAUUAUUUUUCUAAACUACUUGUAUUAAAGCGUAGCUCUGAAACCAUCGUAGAUAACAAAAAUAUUACUAAUAUAAGUAAAUAAACUCUUCUUAUUAAAAAUAAACUUGCUAAAUAGUAAGAGAAGUAUAUUACGUUAAGCUACUUAAGUUUGUGAUUGUGUUCUAUCACAUAGUGAUAAAAAAAUAAACGGAACUUGUUUGGCAACACAUAUCUUCCUCUGAAAAUAGAAGAAAGUAUUUAAAAUAUAUACUCAAAUCAGUAUAAUACGUUUAUUAUUAUUAUGAAAUAUUUAUGCCUAUCAAUAGGUAAUGAAUAAUAAAAUUUAAAUCUAAACCUUAUUAAAAUAUACUUUCGUAACAGACUACGUAUAAAAAUUAUACCUGUACAUUAUUUUUAAUUAUUAUAAAUCGAAUUUAUUAUAUUAAACUGAAUUAUACGUUUACGUAUUAGGCCGCGUUAUUUCUCUUUAUAUCGGCUCUCGAUGCUUCCUCCAGUUCAACCGAGGCGCGCGAGACUGGCGAGUAGCUGGAGCCUCGGCCCCCGCUGUGCACUUGAUUUGCCAGCUGAUAUUCCGCAAUAAGCAUUCCUAGUUAAUGUCGAAGUCACUACCGUUUUAUUAGACCCUAGACGUCGCGAUAACUUUAGUAUAGGUAGAAGAUAAAAUCCGCGAAGUUAAAUAAUACCUAUGUGCCAAAGCUCACAUUAUUGGAAGGAAGGAUUCAGUGGCAAUACUAAACGUAGGAUAAUCUACCUACUAAGUAGGCUACUCAAACUGUACUAUGGUAAUUGAAGGGAGGCGCCUGCGCGUUCAGCGUGUCGACUUUAGACGAUCAUUCAACUUAAGAGUGACACGAACCAAGCCGCCGCCAUACAAUUAAAGUUACGCUCUUAUUUUAAAACGAUAUUAUCUAAAAUAACAUAAAUAUUCAAGUAACGUAUAUCAAUAUCUGGCACUACCUAUCUAGCGAGUAAGUUUUAAGUGAGGGGGGGCGAAGUGCGCCAUGCGAUUUAAUUGCGCCUACCUUUAAUAUAUCGAAAACUGCUUAUAGAAUACUAGUAAUAUCACUAGUAACUACUACUACUAAUAAAACUGCAAGCUACUAGUUAAGCAGUUUUAGAUAUAUUAGUGUUAGGCCCGAGUGGACGCUCGAGUUGGGCGUGCAGCGGGGCGGGGCGUGCGGCGUGCAUGUUAAACAAAUGCAAACGUAUAGGAGCGGCCGCAGUGCACGCUGCUCUAAUCACUUGUGAGCCCGACGCCACGCUGCACGCCCCGCCGAACGCUCCGCUUAGAACUUCGACUCAGGCCUUACACUUAAAGGUAGGCGCACUUCACCCCUCUCACUUUACGUAAAAAAACUUCUAAGUACUCGCUAUAUUUUCUUUGUAUAACAAUUUUUAGCAACGAAA